AUGGAGCGGCUGCAACCGGGCUCCGUCGACUGGGAUCGCGUCAAGGGCACGCCCAAGAACAAGUACGAGAAGGUGGCCAACUGCAACUACGCCGUCAAGAUGGCCAAAGAGCUCGGGCUGAAGCUCACGGGCAUAUCGGGGCAGGACAUCGCCGAGGGCAACGAGAAGCUGCUGCUCGCCGUCUGGUGGCAGCUUAUGCGUAAGGACUUUAUGCAGUUCCUCGACGAGCUCGACAUGGACCAAGCGCACGUGCUCACGUGGGCCAACGCGCAGGUUGCGCGCAGAGGCACCGACAUCCAGCUGUCUCGCUUUGGCGACCCGGCCAUCAAGAGCGGCGUCUUUCUAUUGCAACUCAUGAAGGCGGUCGCGCCAAAGGCAAUCAAGGAGGACGACAUCAAGCCGGGCCGCUCGGAGCUCGACCGGCAGCUGAACGCGAAGCUGGCCAUCUCCACCUCGCACAAGAUGGGCGCCCGCGUCUUCUGCGGCUGGCAGGACAUCCUCGAG